CAUUGUGGUCCUCUGGUAUGUGUUUCGAUCUUAUUAGUCUUACAACAACAGAUGGUCCAGAAAAGAAUAAAAGACGGCAGUGAAGUUUGCUGAGACUAUUUUCCUUAAGCAGUUCUACAACACGGUCAACCGUGACCUUAAGAUGGAGUUCAACUCAAACAACACCUAUGAUAAUGACUCAGACGAGGGGUUAAUCCGAAUGUGUGAGGUCGAUUACUAUGAAAAAACAACCGGCGUGUGCUACGCCACAAUCUUCUGCCUCAGCAUGCUGGGAAAUGGCCUCCUCGUGUUUGCUCUCACCUGCUACGAAGACCUGAACAGGGCCACCAACCUUUUCAUGUUCUGUUUGGCUCUUUUCGACCUUCUGUUCACACUCACAUUGCCUUUCUGGUGCGUGGAGCUUCUUCAUCACUGGGUCUUUGGAGAUGUUGCCUGUAAGAUCAUGACCGGGGCCUAUUUUGUAGGCAUCUAUGGAAGCCUCAUCCUUCUCACCGCCAUGACCCUCGACCGUUUUGUUGUGGUAGUGGUCAGAAGUUACUGGUUUACACGGAGUCGAAGGCUCAAAUGUUCAAAGGCCGCCUGCAUUGGUGCAUGGAUCAUAAGUUUGAUUGCUUGUCUGAGAGAUUCAAUAGCCGCAAAGGCAGAAGAUGUACAUAUCAACAUAUACUCAUGUCAAAGUCCCAAUACAGUUAAUGACAAUGUCGGAUAUUACGCUCAGCUCAUUCUGCUGUUUCUUGUACCAUUUGCUAUCAUUGUUUUCUGUUACACCAAAAUCAUUUUGACCCUCAUGUCAACAUCGACCAGGCAGAAAUACAAAACUGUGAUUCUGGUGCUGUGCAUUGUUAUUGCUUUCUUCAUAUGCUGGGGGCCGUAUCAUAUCAUCAUUGUGUUGAUGUCCAUCUAUGGCUUUGAUCCCUGUGAACAUUAUCAGCUGCAUAUUGCAUUUAUCAUCUGCAGGAUUCUGGCGUUUUCCCACUGCUGCAUAAACCCGGCGCUGUAUAUUUUUAGAGGGAAGUACAGAAAUCUCUUGUCAAGUUUAUUGUUCUGCUCACCUGAACUCCGGCAGUCGGGGCUCUACAGAGGACCAACAGAUCCCAGCGACUCCAGGAUUCAUCCGUACAUGAAUGAAGGAGCUCGAGAAAAUUGUGAAGUGCAACAAACAAAUGUCAGUGAGCUGAACAUACUGAAAACACUGUAAAAAUUGAGACCGUAAACAUGAUGAAUUUAUGUAGUCCUAGAAAAACAUUUUAAUUGGAACAGUCAGUUAUAUUCUAUUUUUAAAAAAAUCUUGUUUCCCACCUAAAAUUAUAUUGAUGAUGUUUUAUAUAUAUCACGAAUAUUUGUAAUUUUUUAAUUCAUGUAACAACAAAAAAGGUGUGUGUGUGUG